GGUGUGGUGUACCUAUCUAGCUCGAGUGAUUCCGAACUUGUUUUAUCAAAAAUAAAUAUUAUUAUUCGAUGCUUAUAAUAUUGUAGCAAUUACUCAUUCUCGUAUUCGUUUGUCCGACAUCCGGACUAUAUAGGAUAUAGCACAUACUUACACGUUCUUGGUACCUAAGUUUUCUACAUACCUAUUAUUGAUUAUUAGGGCUCGGAUUUUGUAUCAUAUUGUUCUUCUGUUUUUCUAUAUAAGAAAUUUGACUUAAAACUUAGUUACACAAAUACAUUCCAUGUCAUUCUGAUUCCAAAUAAAUACAUUUUUUAUUGCUUUUUUCCAAUUAUUCCGGUCGUGUCAUUUUUAUAUGUUUAUAUGCCUUAUUGAUAAAAAAACUUAAUUUUAUUUAUAGGAUAUGAAAAACUACAUUUCUUAUUUAUGUAUGGUAGUAUAGAUACUUACAGCAGUGGCGUACACAAAUAUUUUCGAUGAUGGGAGGGGAGGUGUGCUAUAUAAAAAAAAUGAUAUGUACGUACAUGUAUAUAAUAUAUCAAAAUAUUCAUUAAUUUGUAUGCAUCUUUACAUAAAGUGUAAAAAUACCAGGGGGGUUAACCCCCUCCCUCUCAUAUUUUUACGCCACUGACUUACAACUCUAAAUGUAUGUCAAACACGGAAUACGAACUAAAGUUAUUAAUCAUGAUACUUACUUAUAACUAUUAUGUAGUAUGUAUUCACUGCACUAUCACUAUUAUUAAUAUUAAUAUUAUGCUAGAACUAAUACCUUAAAUUUAAAUUAAUAUUCAUGCUGAAGUACCUCCGAUGGGAGGUCUCUUCAUUCAGUCUCUUCUGUCUAUUUUUUGUUUAUGUUAUUAUCAAUUAAGCUUAUUGUUCAAUAUUGUAACAGAUAGCGUAAUAAAUAAAAUUUUGUUUAAAAAAAAAAAAAAAUUAAUCAUGAUUGUUUGUUUUCGUUUAUCAAUCAAACCGAUAAACGAUAUCAUUAAUGCUAAUAAUACCUAUAUAGCCUUUUUAUAGACUUAUUAUAUUUUGAUUUUUUUAAAAAAAUGUAUGUAUGCUUUUUUGUUAUUUAUUCUACUUUAAAAUCUGAGCUAUAUUGCUUUUGAGUCAUGUUGCAUAAACGAUGGAUACCUUUCAAGAAAGGAUGCUGCAACUUUGUCGUAUCUGUGGAAAUCCUGGCCUGUUGCAUAUUUACAAUCAACUUGAUGAUAUUUCGGCGAACUUAGCUGAUAAGAUUAACUCAUUUUUAACUUUCAAAGUGUCUCCUGCUGAUCAACUAUCACUGAAAAUUUGUGAAAAUUGUAUCAAUCAAGUAGAAGAUGUGUACCCUAUAUUUGAAUAUUGUCAUAAUACUACACAACUAAUGUCGAUGAUUGUUGGAAACAUACCACAGGAUACAAUGAAUAUUGAAAAUGCAUCGUUAGAAAUGUCUGAAACCUUUCAAGAAGAUUUGAAUGAAUUUGAUAUUAAUGAAGUAAUAGUUCAAGAAAAUAAUAAUAAAGAAAAUGAGUUUGGCAAUGUUAAGAGGGAACAUGCUAUUGAAAAUAUUGUACAUACUGCCCGUAAUACUUUUGGAAGUACAAAUCAAAUACAAUGCUUACGCUGUACAAAUAUUUUUACCUGUGGUACAGAAUUGAGACGCCAUAUUCUGUUGAACCAUAACUUGAAAGACUUGGAUUGUCAUCAUUGUUUUCGUCGCUGUUCAAAUUUAUUGGAAUUUGAAAACCAUGUAAAAUUACACUUUAAAGCUCAACACCCAUAUUAUCCAUGUGAUUUAUGUUUAAUCAGCUUCAACAAUUUAGCAAAUCUUAUACUCCACAUUAAGACACAUGACAUACCACAUUCCAAAGAAUGGGCACUUAUUUACAAUCUAUCUGAUAAAUCUACAUCUUUUUCUUGUCGAUACUGUAAUAAGACUUUUAUACAUGAAGCAUCAAGGCAAAUCCAUGAACGUAUUCAUUUUACAUGCUUAAUAUGUGAGACAUGUGGUAAACAAUUGCCAAACAAAUCUCAAUUGAGUGUACACCAGCGUCAACAUACCGGGGAAAGGCCUUAUCAGUGUACAAACUGUGGUUCUUCGUUUAAAUGCUUGUCAACAUUACGCCAGCAUGAAGUUGUACACUAUGAAAAAAAAUACAGCUGUGAAGUCUGUCAGCGUAAGUUUAGCCGGCCCGAGAAGGUUCGUAUACACAUGAGAGUACACACAGGGGAAAAGCCCUACAACUGUUUGAUAUGCUAUAAAAAGUAUCAACAGAAAAAUGAUUUAAAUCGUCAUAUAAAAAAGAAACAUGAGGAGAAUUAUGCUAUGAACAAUAUCAGACUAAACUUGUUUUAAAUAUUUAAUUGACUCAAUAUUUUAAAUAAUUAAAUCAUUGGUUACUAAUAUUCUCAUUUAUAUUUAAUGA